UGUGUCGUGCUUGAUGUCUGCUGUAGUUACUAUCAUCAUCGCUGUCAUCGUUGCCGUCGUCGCCGUUGCCUUCGUCUGCGACGCUUCGCUCGGGACUUGGCUUGUGACCACACACGACAGUCUGCACGCACCAAGCUGCUGCCUCAAGGCCAUCGCGCACAUGUUUCCGGUAUCCUGCUAUGCAGUUCUCAUUCCUUCCUGUUAUUGAUAUGUCAUGUCCUUCUUGAAAUGAGUGAGCCCAUUUAAUUGAAUCAGCAAUUCAUGAGAGCUGACACUUGAACACCACGGCGGCUUGUAUACAACUAUCAAAGAUACACAGUUUUCUCAUAGCCAACGUCGAGCUGGUCGAGUGUGCUUCAUUCGCAUACCCUCAACAAACCCCCAGCCGACUACAUGGAAACUGUGCUUCCUGACAACCAUAGACUAGCACCCACAGCGAAACAGCACGUGUACUAAUAAGAUACUCUGCAUAGUAUUGAACCACAACAAGUGCGAUGUGU